AUGGUAAGCGAUAGCACCCGGACCUACCGGCACAGUGGGACCCAGCAGAACAUCUGUGGUAAGUGGGCGGUACCUUCAGAGCCUGUGGAGAUGGAAGCCCAAAGCUGGAGGAUCCCCUUACUGCUGCUGGUGACCCUAAUCCUGAUGAUCAAGUUGGGCCACUUCCAGAGGUGGGAAGGCUUCCAGGAGAAACCCAUGAGCAAGCAAAACAUGAACUCGACACUCCACUUCUUUAUUCAAUCCUACAACAAUGCCAGCAACGACACAUACUUGUUUCAAGUCCAGAAGUUAAUUCGGAGUCAGAUGCAGCUGACCACAGGAGUGGAAUAUCUGGUCACUGUGAAGAUAGGCAGGACCAAAUGCAAGAAGGGCACAGGAAGAAGCACUUCCUGUCCCAUGCAAAGCAACAAGCUGAAAAAGAGCCUGAUUUGCACAUCUUUGAUCUACACAGUGCCCUGGGUGAAUUAUUACCAGCUCUGGAACAAUUCCUGCCAGGAUAGCUGAGUGCUCGUGCAAAGACCUCCGAUGACACCCAAGAUGGCUUCACUGUGUACUGAAUGUUAUAGAGUCCUAAAAAGCCUUGCUGUGUCCCGCCCCGGGGUCUGUCUACACGCACGCGCGCGCGCGCACACACCCUACAUGCUAACCCAUACUUAUAUCCCUGAUGACAACAUGCAAACUAACAGUGCCCUCACACAAAGACACUCCUCGCUCAUAUGCGACACCCUGUGCACAGUCACAACUCCUGUCCUCACUCCGUGACAUGGCAUCGCAUCACUCAAGCAUGCCUACGCCUCCGCCCUCCGUGCUCGCCUGUGCCGCCCGCAUGUCUGCUCACUUCUUGCUGGUCUUCAGGGGCUAUUGUGAUGGGCAGAAUUCUGACUUCCUUCUGUGGAACCUUGCCAUUUUUCUAUUGUUUCAGCCCCACUCUUCUGCGUUUCCUGGAUUCAGGUACAUCCCUGGACUCUGGCUCAAGGAUUGGGGACCCUAUAUCAGGCCCAUACAUAUAUGUGACGCGUGGCUGAUAUGUGUCACAGCAAGUGUGUCUAAAGUCCCCACCACUAAUCCAGUUGAGUGACUUGCUUGGAGGUCUGAAGAGGACUCAGUACAGCUGCAGAAGGGCUGUGACUUAACACAGCCCCAGCACGCCAGGCGGCACCACCAGCAGAGGCUGCAUGAAGCUGGCCUGGGGGCUGUUGGACACAGGUAGGGCCCCGGUUAAAGCAGGCCUAAGCUAUCAGAUACAGCUAGGGCCCCAGGCUACGGGGAGGUCGCAGCAGCCUGGAUCCCGGACAAAUCUUGGGUCCCCUGACUGGCAGGAGUAAGGCUCCUCCCCUCAUUCUUGGGGGUCGCAAUGAGCCUGGACCCCCAGACAAAUCUUGGCCACUGAGACCGGCAAGAAGUAGGGCCACUCCUUACCCCCUAGCCGGGGGUGCCUGGAAGUCCUGAUAAGAUUUAGGCUUUGCUCAUAGCCCUCUGACCUUUAGCCAGUUGCCUAGGAAACUCCUUAUAUGGUAUCCGCCAGCAGCCUUCACACAGUCCAUCCCCCUGUGACCUGCACCCCAUACCUCUUCCUGCCACUACAUAGAUCACCUGACUCUCCAUAUGUGCUGGAACAAACAUCCCUAUAUGCCGACUAGGCAUCAGCAAGCGACCUUUGAACCCACCAAUCCCCUUAGGACCCUGUUCCUGCUCUCUCUUUCUCAACUACUUAUAAAAACGCAGUCCCCUGACAAAUAAACAAGCUGUUCUCUGAA